UAUAAUUUAUAUAGGUUUCGGGUCAGUCCGAGUCUAAAUCCAAUUUUUUUGGUUGGAUUUUUGUUCCCUCUUCAAUCUUCACCUACCAAGUGUUCGGAUAAGUAAAUUACCCUAAAAAGGAAGCAUUUUGGUAAAUUUAAAUGCACUAUGAAAAGGAAAAAAAAAAAAAAAAACUCCAACAGCUUUCAUUAAAAAAUGAAAAGAAAAGAAAGACCUCCAACAACUUGAGAACAUACAUACAGACUGACACAGAGAGAUCUGAAUACACAGAACCCAAUACAAAACAGUGACCACAAAUCUCCAAACCAAGCCUUUUAGAAAAGUUAGUAAUCUCCUACAUCUCUAAACCCUCAACUAUAUAUAUAUACUUUUUGAUGGAAGGACUGGUGAAUUCACGGAUCAUUCCUAUUCGAGCUUCUUGUAGACGGCAUUACUCUGUUUUUCUCCCUACAUUUUCCUUGCAGUUAAGGAAUAAAAACUUGAAUAAGGGUCAAGUUUGGAUGAUGAGACGUCCCAAGUCAUUGGAUUCGAUUGCUGCUUCGAUUCAACCAUUAGAUGCCUCGACUACAGGCAACAUUGAUAACAGGCAGCCUUCCAAAGAGGUUCUUGAGCUGUGGAGAAGUGCUGAUGCAGUGUGCUUUGAUGUGGAUAGCACGGUGUGCGUAGAUGAGGGAAUUGAUGAACUUGCAGAAUUUUGUGGGGCUGGAAAGGCUGUUGCAGAAUGGACUGCUAGAGCCAUGGGCGGUUCUGUUCCUUUUGAGGAGGCCUUAUCUGCCCGAUUGUCUUUAUUCAAGCCUUCCCUAGCUCAAGUCCAGAAUUUUCUCAACAAAAGGCCCCCAAGGAUUUCGCCCGGCAUUGAAGAAUUAGUCAAGAAGCUGAAGGCAAGGAAUACCGAUGUUUAUCUAAUUUCCGGGGGCUUCCGCCAAAUGAUCAAUCCUGUUGCAUCAAUCCUUGGAAUUCCGCAAGAAAACAUUUUUGCCAAUCAGCUGCUCUUUGGAAGUUCUGGGGAGUUUUUGGGAUUCGAUGCUAAUGAGCCCACUUCGAGGAGUGGAGGAAAAGCUACUGCUGUUCAACAAAUAAGAAAGGUUAAGGGAUACAAGGCAUUAGUCAUGAUUGGUGAUGGUGCUACUGAUCUUGAGGCCCGUAAACCAGGAGGUGCCAAUUUGUUUAUUUGUUAUGCUGGUGUUCAACAUCGGGAGUCCGUUGCAGCAAAAGCUAAUUGGCUGGUGUUUAGCUUCACGGAUCUUAUAACUGCCUUGGAGUAACUUGCUUUCAUUCUGAUUUUUAUGCCAUUUUUUGGGGUUUUCUAUGUUCUGUUAUAAGUUUCCUGCAAAUACUAAUUAGGCAUUCAUUCUUGUUGUUCUUAUAACAUCUAUGGCUGGUAUAUGGAUUUGGCGAGAUAUUUAGGCCCAAAAGAAGCCAACAGCUAUGUCAGAGACUCGGGUAUGAGCGUUGAAUAUGAGUGUGUUCGACGUUGAUAUGUUUAAUUGUUUGUAAGUUUUUCUAUGUAUUUAGAAGGUGUUUAGAGGAUCAUAUUUUCAUACUUGGUCAAAAUCUGUGUUAGACAUAAAUGUUGAACAUGAAUAUUUCAAAAUAAGAGUUGGAGUAACAUAAGUCAACAGCAUACAUGAACUUAGUUUAUGGACAUGAAUGGUAUGAGAUUUUUGUAUUAAUGAAUUUUAUUAUGUUAAGAAGGUUAGAUAAUUUUAUAAGAA